UCUCAAAAUCGUGCCAUACAGCGAAUCUGUUGACGAACCACCAUUAAAAAUGUUACCGGUUGGAAGAACUUUAUUGCAGAUGUUGAAAAUCAGCGUUUUUUAUAAGAAAAAAAAUUGAAGCAGCACAGGACCUAUACAGUUGAUGUUUGUGAGUUUUUGGUUUCAGGGUUUUAUACAAAUGAGUAUAUUAAAAAAAAUACCCGUUUUAUAUGAAGAAAAUUCGGUUCAAAACUUCACAUAUCUACUAGUACCUCCAUUGAAGAAGAAGAAGAACACAGUCUGAUAUACAACCUCACAUGGCAUGGCAUGUCAUGUACCGUAUAAAACGAUUGCCAUUGGUGUUUAAUCAAUAUAGAAAUUUUGUAACAUAACCAAAAAGUAUAAAGAAAAGAAAUGAUAAUUAUGACUUCGAGGCAAAAGAUACUGAAGUUAUACAAAACAAUGCUUAGAGAGUCCCAGAAAUUUCCUGCUUAUAAUUUUAGAGAAUAUGCAAUCAGGAGGGUUCAUGUCGGUUUUAGGGAGAAUAAAAACUUAACAGACCCAAGUCUAAUAGAAAAUCAAAUAAAAGAAGCGAAAAGGAAUUUAGAGAUAAUUAAAAGACAAGUUAUAAUAGGCCAGCUCUAUAAUGCAGAAAAAUUGGUGAUAGAGAAUAUUUCAAAGUGAAUAUUUUAUUACAUACAAAUGAAUGUGUUUAUAAGUGAUAGUUUUAAGUACAUAACAUUGUGAAAUAGUAUAAACACCGAUAUUUAUUAGCAACAAUUAGAAUAUUUUCAUAUAUAAUGUAUAGGAUAUCAUUGUAAAUUGUGUAUAUUUGUUUCGUGGUAUGGAAUCACAUUGUUAUUUACUAAAGAGUUUUGUAGACCACUAAAAAGCUAGCAAAAUAGCAUUCUUAAAUCAACUGUAACUGUUAUUGCACAUUAUAUCGUCACAGUUACAGGUAACAUCUCCCUUCACUUCAAAUAUUACCACUAUAACUUUACAAUAGUUACUAGUAAGGAGGAAAUAUUUGAAUAUAAGACUAAAGGGAACAGUUCUGAAUCCGAGUUUGAAUCUCAGUCGAAUGUUACCUACACAUUAAACUUUACAUCUCAUGUUACAUAUCGUUUUAUUUCUUUUUCUACUAUCAUAAUAAGGGGCCAUCCAUAAAUUACGUCACACGAAUUUUAGGAUUUUUGAACCCCUCCCCCCGUCCUUGUCACAGGUUGUCACAUUUUUAUAAUCCCCCCCUCCUGAUGUGACGUCACACAUUUUUUAAAUUUAGGCAUGUAUUUAAAAAUAAUCGAGAGAAAACGCUAUUUUCAUUUUUUAAUGUUGCAUGAGAGAUAAUCUCAUAGCGAGAAUGCUGAAUUAUUAAUAAAUAUAGAUCAAGUUCGUAGAUUUUUAUACUUUUUUAUUCACAUCUAAAUUUCGCGUUUUAGUAUUUUAAAUUUUAACAUGUGACGUCACAAAAUUUUUGACCCCCCCUGCCCCUUGCCACACAUCGUCACAUUUCGGUGAUACCCUCCCUCCCCAUUUACGUGUGACGUAAUUUAUGGAUGACCCCUAAGCUUGCACUCAUUUUCCUUUUUAUACACUCCUUUUAAAAUUUGACUUGUUGCAGCUUAUUUCGUAAAUUUCACAAUACUUACUUUUAUAGUUAUCUGUACUGCAUAAUUGCAAAACUUAUCUGAUUGUACAAUAAUUAUCUUGUUUUUAUUUUAUUUUAUGAGUACAUACAUGCAAAUAUGUUAGAUUAUUAGGUAUUCCCUAUCCUGUAGUAGAUUAUUUGUAAUUAAAAAUAAAAAAUCUGAAAUUUCCUUAUGAUUGUUACAAGAAACUUGAUAUAUCUACAAAUAGAAAAAAGACUCUA